UGUAUUCGUAUUCAUUGUAGUGUAGUGUGGUGUAUCAUCAGUGAACAAUUUUUAGGUUUAAUUUUAUAACAAAACAUGACUGACAACGAGGUUCAGAAUGGUUCAGCGGGAGACCAACCCCAAGAGAAGACCGCUAAGCAGUUGGAGAAGGAAGCGAAAAAAGCCGCAAAAUUGGAUAAACUAAAAGCCAAGUUGGACAAAAAAAGCACCGCGCCAGCUGUGCAAAAAGAUAAGCCUGAGAAAAAGGUGAAGGAAACCAAAGAGGCUGCCGUAUAUACUGCCAACACAGCGCCUGGUGAGAAGAAAGACCUCACUGGGCCUAUGCCGGAUGCUUACAGCCCCAGAUACGUGGAGGCUGCCUGGUAUUCCUGGUGGGAGAAGCAGGGCUUCUUCAAGCCUGAAUAUGGGAGAAAAUCCAUAUUGGAGCCGAACCCAAAAGGCAAAUUUGUGAUGGUGUUUCCUCCUCCCAAUGUCACCGGCUCCCUGCAUCUCGGCCACGCCCUCACUAAUGCUGUGCAGGACUCUAUUACUAGAUGGCACAGGAUGAAUGGCCGCACUACACUCUGGAACCCCGGCUGCGACCACGCCGGCAUCGCCACUCAAGUGGUAGUGGAGAAGAAAGUGUGGCGAGAAGAGAAGAAGACUCGCCAUGAUUUGGGUAGAGAGGAGUUCAUCAAGAGAAUCUGGGAGUGGAAGAAUGAAAAAGGCGGCCGCAUCUACGAGCAACUCCGCUCGCUAGGCUCCUCAUUCGACUGGUCCCGAGCCCGUUUCACCAUGGACCCCUCCAUGUGUACCGCCGUCAACGAAGCCUUCAUAAGAUUACAUGACGCUGGAGACAUUUACCGAGCCAAUAGGCUGGUCAACUGGUCUUGUACGCUCAAGAGCGCUAUCUCGGAUAUUGAGGUGGAUAAGGUUGAGUUGCCUGGAAGGACUAUGUUGGCUAUACCAGGAUAUGAACAGAAGGUGGAGUUUGGAGUGCUGGUACACUUCGCAUAUAAGGCGGAAGGGUCGGACGACGAGAUCAUCGUGGCCACCACUCGUGUGGAAACCAUGCUUGGUGACGUCGCUGUGGCUGUGCACCCCAAUGAUGAUAGGUACAAGCACUUGGUAGGAAAGCAUCUCAUCCAUCCGAUCUGCAAACGCAAGAUGCCGGUCAUCGCGGACGAAUACGUCGACAUGAACUUCGGAACUGGUGCUGUGAAGAUAACUCCAGCUCACGACCCCAACGAUUACGAGAUCGGCAAACGGCACAACCUGCCCUUCAUAACCAUUUUUGAUGACGAAGGACACACGCUUGACAAUUGCGGUGCAUUCUCGGGCAUGAAACGCUUCGACGUCCGUCGCAGCAUCAUCAAGACUUUAGACAGCUUGAAGCUUUACAAGGAAACCAAGGACCACGCUAUGGUGGUACCGCUCUGCAGUCGCUCCAAGGAUGUGGUGGAGCCCAUGCUCAAGCCACAGUGGUACAUCCGCUGCGACAAAAUGGCCGCCGAAGCCAUCAAGGCAGUCAAAACCGGCGAGCUCAAGAUCAUCCCCGACGCGCACGAGAAAACCUGGUACCACUGGAUGGAGGGCAUCCGCGACUGGUGCAUCUCCAGGCAGCUGUGGUGGGGGCAUCGCAUUCCAGCAUACCGCGUGACCCUGCCACAUUCAGAGGAGACGGCGAAGGCUGCGCCGCGGCGGCGCCGCACGCGCUCCGGACGCAAGAAGAGCGCGCGCAUCCGCUCGCGCAAGCACACCACACAAGCCAGCGAAGAACUCUGGGUAUCGGCACACACAGAAGAAGACGCGCUAAAGAAAGCGUCAGCCAAAUACAACGUGCCGCCCUCGGACGUCAAACUUGUGCGAGAUGAAGAUGUGCUAGACACUUGGUUCUCUUCCGGACUGUUCCCCUUCGCGAUAUUUGGCUGGCCUGAACAAACUGAGGAUUUACAGGCGUUCUACCCUGGAGCUCUUCUUGAAACUGGUCACGACAUCCUGUUCUUCUGGGUGGCGCGAAUGGUAUUCUUUGGACAGAGACUUAUGGGCAAACUGCCCUUCAAAGAAAUCUACCUGCAUCCCAUGGUCCGCGACGCCCACGGCCGCAAGAUGUCCAAGUCUCUCGGCAACGUGAUCGAUCCCGUGGACGUAGUACGCGGAGUGACGUUAGAAGAGCUGCACAAACAACUGCUGGAGUCCAACUUGGACCCGAAGGAGAUAGAGAGAGCUAAGGCGGGACAGAAACAAGACUAUCCUAAUGGGAUUCCUGAGUGCGGGACAGAUGCUUUGAGGUUCGCCCUGUGCGCGAUGACGCAAGGCCGCGACCUGAACCUGGACGUGCAGCGCGUGCAGGGCUACCGCUUCUUCUGCAACAAGCUGUGGAACACCGCCAAGUUCGCGCUCAUGUACUUCCCCAAGGACGCCGUGUUCGAGGUGUUCCCACCCACGCUACCCAGCACCCUAGCGCCAAUGGACCGCUGGAUGUUGUCCCGCGUGGCGCUAGCGGCCAGCAAAGUGAACGCCGGCUUCCAAAACUACGACUUCCCGUCCGCAACCACACACUGCUAUAACCUGUGGCUGUAUGACCUCUGUGAUGUGUACUUGGAAUACCUAAAACCCGUGUUCGCGUCCGGCACAGACAGCCAGAAGGAAGCCGCCUGGCGCACUCUCCACACAACCUUGGACUACGGCCUCAAGCUGAUCAGCCCCUUCAUGCCUUUCCUCACCGAGGAUCUGUACCAGAGGCUGCCCAGGAAGGAUAGGAGCUGCGAAUCCAUCUGCGUGGCUAGUUAUCCUACUGAAUCCGACGCGCCCUGGCGCUCAGAAGACCUAGAAUCUGACGUGGACAUCGUCCUCAAAAUGGUGCACCUCAUCCGCUCAACCCGCGCCGAGUAUAACCUCACCAACAAGCAAAAAACCACCGCUCACCUCGUGUUGAGUCCCGAACUCAAAGUAGCAGAACUAAAGGGACUGUUCAAGAACCUACAAAGCCUGGCGAAUAGUGAAUUGUCGGAGGAGAACCCGCCGGUUGGCUGUUCGAUAUUGACUGUGUCGGAUAAGAUCGAAGUACAUCUUGUGCUUAAGGGCCUUAUCGACCCUCAAAAGGAGAUAACCAAACUAGAAAAGAAGAAGGACACCCUGUCUCAAACCAUCACCAAGCUAUCCCAAGCCAUGGCCGCCGACGACUACGCUACCAAGGUCCCCGCUGACGUCCAGAAAGGCAACAGUGAGAAACUCGCCCAGUCCCAAGGAGAAAUCGCGAGGUUACAGGCCGCUAUAGAAACUUUGAAACUCAUGUAAGAAGAGACUAGAUAGACAAUUUGCUAACCAAUAAAACCUUGUGCUUUAAGCAUUAGGCACUGGUCCCACCAAAAGCGAUGAGCUAUCGGCAAUAAAAACGAAGAGAGAGCGAGUUAUUUAUAGUUCAUCGCUCGGCGGCGAACUAUAACUCGCUCGCGCUAUCAUCGCAUCUCUUUUAUUUACACGGGGGCGACUAUCUUUUGUUCUUUUCUAUCGCCGAUAGCUCAUCGCUUACUCUUUUUCAUAUGGACUAGUUCCUAAGGUCACGAAAAGUAUUCGUCUGAUGACUAGUGAUACUGAUACCAUAGGUAAAGAUGUUUGUAUAUUGAGUUAUCAAAUUGACAAUUUGUUUGAUUUAUUUUCACAAAUGUUCUGGAUUGUAAAAAUAUGCUAGCGUAAGCGGAAGAUUGUUACAUCUGUUUAUUUAUUUAUUUUGUUUUUGCAAUAAAAUAUCGCUUUUU